AUGGCUGCUGAAGCAGCGAUGUCGGCUCUAAACGAUCCUUGCGCGGAUUGGGACGUCCUAGCGGAAGAUGACGUGUCUAUGGUUACACGAAGAUGUGAAGAGCUGCUAAGUUGGUUUACCUUUAUGGACGCAAAAAACCUGACUAAUUUGGAUAUGUUUAUUGACAACGAUUAUCUGCAAAAGGUCCAGCCUACACGAUGUUUUGAUCAUCGUGUUUUGAAAGACGUCGCUGAACGGUUCGAAGAAGAAGGAAGUGUCGACUUUGGAAGUGAAUUUAAUAUGACUGAAGAACAAUUGGUUCUAGCUAUACUUUGUGGUGUUAUUGAAGAAAGAAACAGACGCAACUGUAAGUUCGAAGUGCUAUGCGAAGCUCUACAGCUUGAAAAGAGCAGUUACUACUCAGUGAAGGCGUUUCUAAAUAGCGGUCGUGAUGAGGAAAGAACACCUAGACAUUUGGUUGUGGUUAGUUGCUGGCCAUUUUCUUGUGACUGGAGUGCAAUCCACUAUGCAAGCCUUAUUUGGGUGGACAAAGCAAUGCUCGAUUUUGAUAUACUCGCUCAUGAAGAGGCGCUUCGACGGCGGCGGUCUACGGAGGCUUUUACGAUGAAUCCUGCAUGUUCAGGAAAUCAACCAAUUGAGGCGAUGGGGCUGAAAAGCGUUCCACGUCGUGUCCCGACAAAAGCAGUGUCCAACCCCGAAGGUGUGUUUGCCUCGGUUCUGUCAGGUUCUCUAAGAGAUGAUUUUGACCAAGCUAGGGAAGUGAUAUCACCUGUAGUACCGACCGGCACCAAGUACAAAUUAAGGAGUGCUGCGGAAAUGAAGGACGUCUUGCAGAGGCUGCACGUGGCUUUCGCGCAUUGUGCUCCCUCCGAUUUGUGCCUUCUUUUCAAAAAACAAUUCGUUUAUCAUGGAUUGUCUGCGGCUGCACGCAAAGUGUGCUCGAAGUGCUGGUAUUGCAAGGCGGAAGAUCGAGAAAAGCACUCGCCACCUAGAGGUUAUGAAUACAAAGUCGACCUGGUUGGACAUCUCAAUGAUCGUACGCGGUCGUUCAUGAUCAGAGCACGAAAACGCAUAUUUUUUGUUCAUUCUCUAUGCUUCACACCAUUUUCGAAAACUGUAGAAAUUUUGCAAAUCCUACUGUUGACUGGAGUUUUGAAGGAAACGGUGCAACCAAGAGAGGAGCGAUCCGCUGCUCAGGAUGUAUCUGACGAGUAA